AUGUCGAUGGUACAGACACCACAGCACGGAUCAGCAAUGGGCGGGCAGCUGGCAGAGGGCGGCGGGAUGAACGGGGGCGGGGUCAACGGCGGGGACGCAGGCCGCAAGAGCCCGGGGGCGGGGACGCCGCCGCCGCCGCCGCGGGGGAACAAGCGACUGGAUCUGGAGGAGAUGGUGGCCGAGUUCAGCGCGCUUCUCGGCAACGAGAACUGGUCCAAGUACGCGCAGAUCAUCAGCCUUUUUAUUCUGGGCAAGCUUUCGCGGAAGGAGCUGGUGCAGCAACUUGACGUGCUGCUAGCUCCCGCGCAUAGUCCGGGCGACGCGCGUGCGCCUCCGGUUAGCCGCGCGGUCCUGGUAAGGCUUCACAACCAGCUACUGCUAGCGAUUCUUGCGAACUCCCUCCGGGACUCACCGUUGGGCUCCAAGGCAGGAGACGCAUGGGGCUUCCAGAAUGGGGCUACAUACCAGAAUAAAAAGCGCACUAACAAACACAACUCGCAGAUAGAGACGUACAAGAAAAUCGUGAUGUCCUUACCUAGUAAGGACCGACAACGCCUAAAGGCUAUCACGAAAGAGAACGGGAAACGCGGAUUUGUUUUGUGUUCUGUUCUCCAAAAUCGGCUGGCGAAUAUUCCGAAAAUUCCCAUAGUCACUAACCAGGAAACUCUGAAACGUGUAAAAGCCAAUAGCCUCAAGACUCCCUUGGAAUGGUCGCAGGAGAUUGUUAGCGGGUUUUCUGCACCUUUAGCUUCGGAGAGCUAUUCACUCCCCGAUAAUGACUCACUAUAUCUCCGGAUGGUCAGCAUUGCUCGGGAACAUGGUUUAGUAGGGACUGUGGAUGGCCGAUGCGUAGAAAUUCUAUCACUGGCAUUAGAGUACUAUUUGAAGACUAUCUUGGAAUCCGCAAUAGACACUGUACGCUACAGAGAGAAAAAAUAUUCGGAUUACUAUGAUCUCAACGAUUACGGGUUCCAGCAAGCGAUCAGCGAGACGAACAAGGAAACCAAAAUGGAUCCAGCCGCUUACUUAUCCGGUAAUAAAGUAAUAUCCUUGACGAAUGAAGACUUGCAGGAGACGUUUACAAUCUAUCCCAACUUAGUUGAGCCCUCUGGCGCAUUGCUUCGGCUGAAUGCCACUGGGCUAGUUAACGAUAACGAAUUGGUUCAGUUGAAGAGCCCCAUCGAUGAUAUGCCUCAGUUCUUUGAGGAUAAACCAACAUUUACGCCUGUAGAUGAGAGGAACAUGGGUACGAGGGAAGAAUUAAAUUGGUUGAUAAAGGAUAUACUGACGAAGGAGUAA